CAAAAUAAAAUAGUUUACAAUAAAUAAAAUAACAACAACAACAACCGGACAACACCAACAACAAAAAGCAACAAACACGGAUCAAUACCAAAGAUGGAGGCAAAAUUCUUGACUAGCGCUCUUUCAUUCCUUUCGAUAUUCUUAGCGAUUUAUGCUCAAGCAUUUGCGAGUAACGUGUUAAACGAUAGCGACGAGUCCACAGAGUUUGCACUCGCUGUUACGCCGGUUAUCUACUACGGCGACUCGUAUGUUAACAUUGGCGAACCGUUCUUCAUCACCUGCAUCAUACCCAUAACCGAGAAGGUGCAUUGGCUGAAGAACGGCGAGUCCAUAGUCCGUCACAAUUUGCGUCAUGGUCAUGACGAGCACUCCUACUCGUUGACAGAGACACCCAUCGAAGGCGAGAAGCACAAGAUUGAGGCGCAUCUGAAUGUGCGGCAUGCACUCAAAGUGCACGAGGGACGCUAUCAGUGCAAUAACAAUCAUCGAUAUAACGGUGGCUAUCAUGUGCUCCACGUGCGCAGCAAUCGCCAGGAUGGAGAGAGCCCCACAGAGAGCGGCUAUCAGACUAUAGACGAGCUAACGCCCAGCUCGCCGGAUGAAAUAUUCACACGUACCUGGAUGGAACAGCAGCAGCAGCAGCCCUCGGAGUCGCAGUCGCCGUCGCACAAACAGCACAAGGUCUUAACCCAUACUCCGCCAAUGCGUGCGGCUGGCAAUGCAACUAUAGCUGACUAUAGCUGGCCGGAACUCACCACACUGCCAUGGCAUACUUCGUCCGCAACUGCGCUGCAGCAGCCGCAUCAGCAGCGUCGUAUUAUUUACUCGGCCACGCCGCCAGAUUAUCCACCGCCACGCCUACCGCUGAGCAUGGAGCAUACAGCGCCCCCAGAGCCGCCCACCAUACAGCUUUACAAUCAGACACUGCCAACGUUGCCCCAAGUGCCCAAUGACAUGCUUGACGUUGACCACGACGUCACUACCAGCGUCCUAACAACGCAUCAUCCGCAUCAUCAUGAGCAGCAUCGCGAGCAUCAGCUGCAACUGCCGCCAGCGCAGCCGGGACAUCGCAGUGACAAGUAUCAAACGUAUACGCCGCAGUUUAUACCGCCGGCGCUAGGUGGCGCUAGCUAUACUUUAGCGCCGCCCAAACUCACCACGGGUUAUACAUACACCAGCAACAAUGUGGCGAUUUUACAGCAACAGCCCAAGACGUUCUUGCCUAUCAAGAAGGAGCAAGAUUCCUUGGUACCAAAUUAUGACGAUGCGGUGCACCAUAUGAAAUUUUACGAUAUACGAACGCCGCUGGUGCUUAGUUGCGAUAUAAAAAAUGCGGAUCCAACGGAUGUACUUAUAUGGAAAAAGAAUGGCACUACUGUCGACAAAGUGUCAUCGCUGAAUAAUCGUCAUAAAUUGAUCAAUGCUGAGAGAAAGUUUAUAAUUGAAAGAGCGGAAGCUCACGACGAUGGUCCUUACAGCUGUGAGUUCAAGGGCGUGAGCAAAGAGAUAAUUGCAGUUGCUCGCGUGAUCGUACGAGUGCCUUCAAAUACCGGCGUAGUCGAGGGUGAGAAAAUGAUGAUUCCCUGCUCAGUUGUCGGCAGCAAACCUGAAUUGUCAUGGAGCUUUGGCAAUUAUACUAAUAUAACAAAUAGCACAGGUCGCUAUAUACUGAAAAAGGACGAUAAUAAUGUGGAGAACGCUAUACUUAUGAUUGAAAAUGUCACUCUGGAUGACAGAGGCGAGUACAAGUGCCAUGGACGCAACGAUGCCAAUAGGGCAAACUACACUGCCAAUGUUGCCAGUGAUUUUACAACUGUUCGUGUGAAGGGUAAAUUUGCUGCCUUGUGGCCGUUUCUCGGCAUCUGUGCUGAGGUUCUGAUUCUUUGUCUGAUUAUCCUCAUCUAUGAGAAGCGACGCAACAAGAGCGAAUUGGAGGAGAGUGAUACUGACCCCCAAGAACAGAAAAAGAAAAGGAGAAAUUAUGAUUAAAAAUUCCUAAAGACAGCUUAGAUAAAAACAAAAAAUAAAAACAAAUGCAAAUAUUGAAAUAAUGAAAACCAAAAACAUAACAAUGAAAGCAUUAUAUUAUAUACAUACAUAAUAUACAUACAUACAACUAGCAAAUUGGGUGACCAAACCACCUCCGGUACACCCCUUCGCCACCCCCUAAAAACCCAAACACUCUUCCUCACUUCACUCAUCCAAACAAGAACUUGAAAUUACUUUUGUUUAGUGGAAUUGUAUUAAAAUAAACAUUUUGAAAUUGUGUAUUAUGCGAAUAUGAGAAAUGUGACAAAAGUUAAGUGAUAGCAGUUGCAACCCUAAACUGCACGCUGGCAACCCUAAAUGUUGAAGAAGAUGAUGGCGCGCUGUACCGCUAGACGACGACUACAAUUACUAAUGGCGCCCUCUUUCUCACACACACACACAUAGUACACAGACACAAGCAUAAGCCGUAGUUUUAAACGCCAUUUUGAGCAAGAAAUAUUGUACAUAACCUCAGAGAAACAAAUAAGCAAAGAAAGAAACAAACAAAUGUUAAUGUUUAUACGACAAAUUCUUCAUUUAACUCUAUGUAAUAAUGAUUUGUAGCUAGUUUUUUUUUUUUAGUUCGAGUUCUUGAGUGCGAUUAGUGAAAAGAAUAAUAUUUAAAAGAUGAAAACUUAUGAAAACUUCAAUUUGAAGUAGUAAACAAAACAAAAAAAAAA